UGUGUUUUAUUUGUGUUGUGUCUUGUGUACUCUGGUUGUUAAAUGGGGGAUUUUUGAGUUCUCUCCCCUAACACUAAAAUUAGUGAUAGCAUGGCAAGUAUGGGAGCAAAUCCAAGAGCCCAAUUCCUCUCAACAGGGGCAUCCCCAAAUCCUCUUCACAUUCCCAAAUCCCCACCACCACUCAAUCCCACAAAACCCGCAAAAUUAUGGCCAAAUUCAAGGAGUUUUUCCAAAUUUGUGAGAUUUGGGAGCUGGGUUUCUCCCAGUUUUAGUGGAAACCAAAGAUGGAGUGGGGUUCUUGGAAGGUGGGGAGAGGAAGUGGGAGGAAGAGACCAUGAUGGGUAUUUGGUGAGAGAGUUUGGGUGGGGUGUGAGGAGAUUGGAUGAGACUAGAGAAGAGAUGUGGGGAGUAGCUGCUGUACAAGCUGAAGCUUUCCAUGCCCCAAUUGCUUUUUACAAUGAUCUCUUCUAUGAGUUCUUCAAAGCUGAGGUGUUUUCAGCUCUCAUUUAUAAACUUAGAAAUUCACCACCUGACAGGUACGCUUGUUUAGUUGCAGAAUCUGUAAGUAAAUCUGAUUCGCCGCAAGAAACAGCGCUAGGGCUUGUGGGGGUUGUGGAUGUCACUGUCCAGCAAGAUCGAGACGUUCUGAGUCAUCUCGAAGGCGCAGAAGAGUACAUCUAUGUGUCAGGAAUCGCCGUACUCCAAAAAUUUAGGAGAAAGAAAAUAGCUACGGUGCUAUUAAAAGCCUGCGAUGCAGUGUCGCUUGUGUGGGGCUAUGACUAUCUUGCGCUGAGAGCUUACGAAGACGAUUCAGCAGCGCGGAGCUUGUACGCGAACGCGGGCUACAAGGUGGUAUCGAAAGAUCCCUUCUGGGUGACCUUUUUCGGCAAAAAGCGGCGUGUUCUGAUGAUCAAACAGUCGGCUUUCGAUGAUAGGAUACAGCCUGGUUCCUUCUCAUGCUUCUUCUAACAUAUGUUUCACACACCUAAUUUCCGACAAAUUUUCCAUUGUUGAUUUCUUUUUCUUUUUUCUCCCCCCCCCCUUGUAUGCUGGUUUAAUUGUUUAAUUUCGAGAUCUGUGACAAAGUAACUUCUGAUGGUUUUUUUUCACUAUUUUUAUACAUUAAUAGUUCUUGGAUCAAUGUGUUGAUCAAGCAAGAAUGUGCAAGCAUAUUACAAUUUGAAAUGCAACACUUGAUAUAUGUAGAAAAGUUAAGAAGAGUACAUCCCUGGGGAUUUGUCUUUU